UUUGAGGUAAAAAGAUAAUUUGUGGCAUUGAGCAAACUAGCGGGUAACACGUCUACUCUACCAAAUAACACGUCAGGCUUUUGAGAACACGGGGGAACUGUUUUGACAAGUACUGACAAGACAAGUACCAUGAUGCCGUAGAGGACUAAGACGACCACCACCACCACCACCACCACCACCAUGCCAUUUUCUGGAAGGGAUGCUGUGGUGCUGUGUGUGCUGGUGUGCUGUGUGCCACUGCAGUACUGGUUCACCAAGACCUCACCCUCCACCCCAGAACAACGAUCAGCAGUGGUCUACCAGCUUGUGGAGCAGGCUCGGGCUUUUGCUGCCAGGUGGUUCACUAUGGACUCGUGGAGGGAGUGGCUUCGGCAGAUGUUCAUCAAGCACAUGGCUAAUGAUUACAGUCAGUGGUAUCUCCUGGAUGAUGACAAGCCACUAGGUGAGUGUCCCGCAGUGGAGGUGUGGCACUACCGCAGCCCUCACGGCACCUUCGGCAUGUCUCCCAAGCCCCGCCUGGAGCACCCUAAGGAGGUGAAGUGGCGGAUAGGGCAAGUGGUGAAGCAUCAUAGCUUUGGCUACAAGGGGGUUAUUAUUGGGUGGGACUUGAAGGCAAAGGCACCCCAGGAGUGGAUCUUAAGCCAACAUAAGGAGAACUUGCACUGGCGGGAUCAGCCCAACUACACUCUCCUUGUUGACACUGAUGGGCGAAAGAUUCCACAGAUUGCUUAUGUCCCUCAGGAGAACAUUACUCCUCUCAUUAAUGAAGAGGUGAAGCACCCUGACCUGCACCACUAUUUUGAUGACUUUGAUGGCGCACAGUACAUCCCGUGUCCGUGGCUGCGGGCCGUGUACCCGUCAGACUAGUGGUGCACAGCCUGCCGUUGGUUGUCGCCACCCACACUUUAACUUUGGUCUUUCACACGCACUGAAUGUAUGAAUGGUAUGUGCACAAGUGUUGCUAGUAUGCUUAUUUAUGCAAGUUAUAUUUAUUUUUCUAACAUUUUCUUGGUUUGUGGGGUAAACUAGAGAUGGGACAAAGGUAUGUUAAAUGUAUUUUGUUUUCUUUUCAGCAUAAUAUGGUCAGGGAAAAGAAAUAGGGACUGGAUAAUCACUAACAAUAAGAAUGCAUUUUUCUAUAAUCAUGUGAUGUAAUGCAUCUUGUGAUUGGCAGGAAGCAUGCACAUGUGUGACACUGACACAUCACCUCCAUCACUAAAAAAGGAUGGCAGGAUAAAAGCAACAAGAUUCCUAUUACUGUAUGUGGAAAAGAUUUCAGUUUAAUUCAGUAUAAUAAUGAAGAUUUUCAUUACAAAGAAUCAUAGUGACUCAGGAUCUGUACUCCUUCCAAACUGUUAAUGGAAAAUCAAAUGACCUGAGCUCAUGCAGUGCCACAUUUAUACACUGCAAUAUAAAAAUCCUCCUGUUUUUCAGUAACUCAGCUUUGCUUUCCCCUUGUAUUGUCAUGCCCACUUUGGAGCAUCAUUAAAACAUUGAAAUAUUUAUCUAGGCCCAGGAUGAAUUGGCAAUGAGAAUUUUUCGCAAGAACCUUGGCAGGACACCCAAGGCGAUACAGAUCCGACAUGUUGCCAGUCAAGUCGUAAGUCACCAAAACUCCAGUCAGUUUUAGGCAGCCUUGAUUAUCCUGUCUCCACACCUCCAUUACCAUUCCUGGUGUAUGCAUGUCAGUGAUGUUUAUUGGUUAAGAAAUGUGGUUGGACAAACAGAAGACAUUGACAUUAGCAUCAUGACAUAGUGGCUGUGAUCCUGCCCUUGUAGACAGCACCUGCCUGGUGGCAUAGCCAGUUAAGGCUGAGGUUGUGACAUGGCUAAAGAAUGUGUUGAAAACACAGAGUUUGAUUCACAAACCAGUAUUUCCAUAUUUUGUCAAUAUCAUCUCAUCACCAGCUCUUGGAUAAAGUCUUGAUAAGACUUACCAGCACAUUCCUGAGUACUGCACAAUAGAUUCAACAGAUACAAAAAGUAUUAUGUAUAGGGACAGUAUCAGGAUGGUCAGUUUUUCUAUCUAACCAAAGACGUGAAAUAAUGCAUGAUUUGUUAUUUCACCAUUUUGAAGAGGCUUGAGGAUAAAUCAGCACAUCUUGAGAGUAAGCAGAUAUCCUCUGAAGGGUGUAGCCCUCCAGUCCCUCAUGACAUGUACACUUGUGACAACAUGGGUUGAGCAUUUCUGCCACCAUGCCACACUGUUGUACUUUCUCAGUAAACCAUCUCUUCCAUACAACUUUCUUUGUGUGCUUCAGUAUGUACCUCAUAACUUUGUGACUCUUGCCAUCACUUAUUGUAGUGAUUUUGUUGCACUAUUCAACAUGAUGCCAUAAUAUGCUUCUUGCAUUAUUGUGUUUAAAGAUUUGCUUGCAAUGUGAAGUCUGGAAAAUCUAUUGUUGGGAAGAGUAUAUUCAGUCAUCAUCAGCAUCACCAUCAUCAUUUUAUCUCCAUCAUCAUAUUUGAUACUACCUUUUGAUAAGUGAUCAAAGGGUUUAAAUACUGUGAUUUCAAACAUUGCCAGUGGGACCACAUGUCAAGGGGCAGUGGCAUGCUUGGUGCAAGGUAAAAAUCAUGCAGGCCAGCCCUUUCAUCACCAGGACAGAGGGUCUAGUUUGCACCCUUCACAGACUGCAUGCCACACUGGGCUGUGCCUCACAUUGUACUGAAGUGGCUUCCUGGUGAAAAGCUAGACCAUUGUCAAUAGUAUGAAAGCUGGACUCACUACUAGAUAAGGGAUGGGGUCUCAAAGGCCAAGCAGGGAUAGCCUCCCUAGCAUUGCUGCACACCUAACAGGUUCAGUGAUGGUUACUGGUCCAUUAACUCACCACACCCUCCCCCACUGCAUUCACCAUCUUCCCUCAAUCUUUGGUGCUGCUGAGAAUCCAUCAUUUGUCAGGUUUUGUAAGGAGUUCGUCAGCACAUCAGAGGACGUAAGGUUGAGGGAGGAAAGGUGAGCGCUGGAGGUGAGUGCCGGAGGUUACUUGACUUGUGGCCUUGCCUGUGUCUUGCAGACCAUCACACCCUGCUCCACUUGAUGCACUGUGGCCCUGAAGCACCACAUCCAGUGGAGCACGGUGCCCUUCAGUGCCGCCAGAUUUUAUAAACUAUAGAUGUAUUUAUGUACUGUAUUAUCUAUUGGUGGACUGAAAUAAAGUAUAACAGCAUUGGU